GAGGAGCGGCAGCGGCAGCGGCCGGGGAGGGUGGAGGAGCGGUUUCGUCCGCCUCGGGGGGGUGCCUCUUCUCAUUUGAUUUGUCUCCGUUGGAAGAAAGCCCAGAGAAUAAUCUUAUCCCGCUUUAAACUUCCGCGCCUCGCAUCCCACCCGCUGGGGUGGGCGAGCCGGUGCUGCUGCUGCCGGCGCUGCUGAGCUGGGGUCGGCUGGAAGAUGACCGAGUACAAGCUGGUGGUGGUGGGAGCUGGUGGUGUAGGCAAGAGUGCCCUGACCAUACAGCUCAUCCAGAACCACUUUGUGGAUGAGUACGACCCCACAAUAGAGGACUCGUACCGCAAGCAGGUGGUGAUCGAUGGGGAGACCUGCCUGCUGGACAUCCUGGACACGGCGGGGCAGGAGGAGUACAGUGCCAUGCGCGACCAGUACAUGCGCACCGGCGAGGGCUUCCUCUGCGUCUUCGCCAUCAACAACACCAAGUCCUUCGAGGACAUUCACCAGUACAGGGAGCAGAUCAAGAGGGUGAAAGACUCAGAUGAUGUUCCCAUGGUCUUGGUGGGAAACAAAUGUGACCUUCCAGCUCGGACGGUGGAGACGCGGCAAGCACAGGACCUGGCUCGCAGCUAUGGCAUCCCCUACAUAGAGACCUCUGCCAAAACCAGACAGGGAGUGGAAGAUGCCUUCUACACCCUGGUGCGAGAGAUCCGGCAGCACAAGCUGCGCAAGCUCAACCCCCCGGACGAGAGCGGCCCCGGCUGCAUGAACUGCAAGUGUGUGGUGUCCUGAGGCUGGCUGAGCCCUGUCUUGGAGAGGUUCCUGCUGUGCAGAGCGCAAGGAGAGAGAGGCGAAGCGAAGGAAGCAGCGGAACGGAUGCAGGGGAGGAGGAGUACAGGGGGAGGGGAAAAGGAAGAGGAGGAAGAGGAUGGGGCUGGGGAGCAUGAGCCCCUCCAAGGACUCUCUCACACUUCACCCAGGCCUGCAGCAAGUGACUUUUUUUUCCUGUCUUUUGUUAUUUUCUCCUCUGCCCCCCCCCAAAUCCCUUCCUCUUUUGGUCUCCUCCCGCCCCUGGCAGCUGUACAAAGCCACAGAUUGACUCACAGUAAAUUAUUAUUUGAUGGUCUCAACAGAA